AUGUCUCGUUCAAACUCGACCGUUCUCAAGGUCAUGGCCAUCCUGACAUUGCUCUCAGCUGUAUAUGCCAAGUCUAAAGAUUGUCCAGAUGAUCCUUUUGCAGACCCGGCUACAGACAUCUGUAAUCCAUUACGAUAUAUCCCAAACAAGGCGAUUAAUACAGCUGCAGCGGUACUAUACUUCGUCGUAGCUGCGAUAUUGACUUUCCACUUAUUCACAAAGAAAGCCAACUACUUCAUGUGUCUUGUGAUCGGAGCUUGGUUUGAAGGGCUAGGUUUGGUAUUGAGAGUCGCAUUCAGGAAAAACCCACAUAGUACAGGUUUAUACAUCGUCUGCUACCUUUUCGUGGUGUUAUCUCCUUGUGCUUUCCUAGCCGGUGAUUAUAUCUUAUUAGGUAGAAUGGUCGAAUAUCUCGAUAAGAGUGUGCACAUGAGACCUCUUAAAGCAAAUUGGGUCUCGUGGAUUUUCAUCACCUCCGAUAUCAUCACUUUCAUAAUUCAAGCUGCAGGUGGUGGUACCUCGAUCUCCCAAGAUGUCAAAACUGCCCAAGCGGGCGGUAACAUCUUCUUAGCUGGUAUUGCCGCUCAAUUGGCAAGUUUCCUCUUGUUCUGUGGUAUAUGGAUUCUCUUCGGUUUCAGAGCUUGGAAGAACGAUAAAGAACUAUGGGCCAGACCAGGAUGGAAACCAUUAUACUGGGCAAUGGGAUUCACCUGUAUCUGCUUCGUUAUUCGAAGUAUAUUCAGAACCGUUGAAUUAGCUCAAGGAUACAUCGGAUACCUCGCUACUCAUGAAAGAUAUUAUCUAGGUCUAGAUACACUACCUUUGCUAUUGGGUAUUGCGACCUACUGUUAUUUUUGGCCUGCAAAGUACCUGCAUUUCCCUACUCCUACUAAGGGUCAAACUGCCAACGAUCAAGAGAAUGGUAUAGAUAUAACCAUGUAG